CAUUCAAUUCAACUGAUUAAAUUAAUACAAUUACCUACGUGAUCACGUUUGAAAGUUUUUACUUUCGAUUCGAAUAUCUUCUAAAGAAUAUACGAUUUGAAUUUUUUAAGAAUCUCAAACGGUUUAAGAUCUUUGUUAACGUGUUACUUUAAAACUUAAGUAUACCUUAGCAAGAACUUAAAGUGGUAGCUGAAAGUUGCAAAUCUGCAGCGCAGUUAAAAUGGAUUUGAAGCAAACAGAACCAAAACUUGAGAGCACCGGCUCAAUUAACAACAAUUCUUCAAGUUCAAAUGUUUCUGAAAGAGAGAUGUUGAAAAGGAAGUGUUGUGAAUUGAAAAUUAAAACAAUGUCAAAAAUAUUGGAAGUGAAACGUUUAGAAGAAGAAAAUCAACGCUUAAUGGACCAGUCCGAAACUAUGGAUAAACUUAUUCAGUAUUUCUCAACUAAUCAGUAAUUCGAUCUUUGAUGGUAGAUAAGUAGCUGCGCUUUGUUAAACUUUAAUCAUUAAUUGCCAGUGUUCGUGUUAAAUAGGUCUAACUAAACGUUAUCAUUCGACAAACACGCUUAAUUUUCUUCCUCACACAUGGAUUAUUCAUUCGUUAUUAUGAAACCCACCAAAACAGAUGAAGAUUUCAUACCUCAAAGAUUCGAAGGAACAGAUCUCCGCCACCUUCUUCCCAGCGUUGAAUAGUUUUUACAAAAUACGAUACUAAAUAUUUCAUUUUUUCAAACAUAAAACAUAACCUAUUAAGCAUAAUUAUACAUAUUUACAUCAACUGUCACUUUGUAUUAUGUAUGCAAAAUCUGUCAACUAGUCAGCUUCAAGCUACAGGUACUAAACAAACACUAAAGCACAGUAACUAAGUACCUAAUAAGAAUGUAUACUUGCUGUCGAAGGUGCAUAAUAUGUCAUAUGGUAUCCAAAUGUCGUCAGUGGCAGCGGCCAAACCUAAUUCCUACCUAGUUCCAUUUUCACUGAUAACUUCGGUGACGCGACGAUGACAAUAUUAAUGGUCGUUCCUUGCCAUAAGUAAGCUUUUUGACGACUGAUAAAUAUAAAGUCAAGUUUUUACUAAACGAUAAAAAGCAGAAGGUCUUUCGUUAAAUGGUUCUAGAACAAUUCACUCAUGACUUGACGCGGUGUGCAUUUUUUUAAUUCGUUUUUUUUGGUUCGGUUUUCAGUACUUUUUACCACCAUGAAAUUCGUCGUCACCGAUACUCUGUUCGAGCACGCUUUACAAACCACCAAUGAGCACCGAGAUUCCGGUCCAAUAAAGGUGACCAAAAUCGAACCACAGACCGUAACCGGUGUCUGCACCGGAUUACUAUCGGACGUCCACUAUUACCGUAUCCAUUACACUUGCGACGAUUCCACGUACACGAAAUCCUUAGUAGUGAAAAUCCCGUUCAACAAACCAUGCUUCGAGAUCUCCCGAGAUCGAGGAUACUACUCCUCGGAGUACCUUCUGUACUACACCAUUUUACCAGAAUUCAACAAACUGCUCAAAACCGAGCUGACUCCAAAACAGUACACUUCCACUCAAGAUUUAGUAGUAAUCUUAGACAAUCUGGUCGAUCAAGGAUUCGCAAACGUCGAUAAAUUCCAACAACUGAACUUGGCUCAGACCGUUAGCUCAUUACAACUCCUGGCUAGAUUUCAAGCAGCAUCUUACCAACUGAAUGAAAUCAAACCUCACUUAUUCAAAUUCUAUAAACGUAAAAUAGAAAUAGGCAAGUACGUCGUUGAGCAGCUGAAUCGUGGUUUCGAAGCGUUAGUGAAAUUCAUCGAAGAAGACGAUGACUUGAAACCGUACCUGGAGUACAUGAAAACAGCAAUCGAGAAUUUUCGUAACACUCCUUCGAUCGUUUGUCGAUACGAUAGUAAUCGUAUAAGCACCCUAAAUCACGGCGAUUACUGGAUAAAUAAUAUUUUAUUCAAAGAGACCGGUGAUAAUGGAUUAGAAUUACGAAUGAUCGAUUUCCAACUAGCUCGCUGGGUACCUCCGGUCUUCGAUAUAAUAAAACUGAUCGUAUGUUCGGUUCAGUUCGACGUAAUACAGAAUCAUUCGUCCGAGAUAUUUCAAGCUUACGUCGACGAAUUCAACGCUACGUUGAAAUCUGUCCGAUGCAAUUACUCGUACACGAUCGAUCAAUUUUACUCCGAUAUGAAAUAUCAAAGAUAUAAUUACUUAGUUCAAAUCGCUAUUUUUCUACGAGCUUUGUACGCUUUACCGGAGAGCGUCGUGGCUAAUGAAUCCAACAACGAUGCUAUUAAUUUAGAAAAAAUGUUCAUUCAAGAUCCUAGUAAAGAGUUACAUUACAAGCAACGUUUGUCGCCUUGGUUGAAAUAUUUCAAAGAGACUGAUAUCUUUCAGCUGAACGACGAAGACGGUUCCUCAUCAUUAGCCACAUCAUCGAACGAAUAGUAAAAUUACAUUUUAUGUAUAAAUAAUCGUGUGUUUUUUAUCCAGUUUUUAAUCACUGAUACUAAUACUUUUGUAGUUUCUUCUUCGUGUAAAAUAAAUAAUAAUUUGUUAUUGUUUUU